AUGCCGACCAACACCUCCUCCCCUGUCAAGCGCCCCGGUCUGGGCCGCCGCGCUGUAUCCUCACAUGCGGUUAUCACGCGGACCAGCGCCAACCCCAGCGAGCUGUCGCAGUCUCAUUCCUCCAAGACCACCGUGCAACAUAAGCCGUUCCGUGCCCACGUCGUGGGUGGUGGACGCAAUCACCACCGCAACCCCUCAUUCGGAAAGAACCUGAACAAACUCCAGCGCUUCCAACUGGGCCCCGAGACCACUGGCCGACACCAUCAGCGUAAAAAGUCAGCUCCCGCCACUCCUAUCGGCAGUCCCAAGGGCCACACACAUGUGCGCUGGGACGGUGCCGUGGACGAUCACCCGAAGGACCAUUCGAUGAAGAGGAACUACUCCACACCUGUGUUACGACGGAAUACAUCGGCCAUAGGGAAGAAAGCGUUGGUCACCGAACGGCCGCACUCCCACGCGGGAAAGAAGAAAUCAGUUGGGUUUGAAUUGGGUGACGAUGAGAACGACGACGCGGAGUGGGAAGAUACCACGCAAUCACCUGAAAGUACGCGGCGCAACUCGGUUGUACCCUCCAACCAAAGCGCGGAGAACAAUCAGGUCCUGGUUGAUCCCCUUACAUUUGUGAAACGUCCCUACCCGCAAAUGCCACGCGCCACCAGUCUGCCUGAUUCUAUUACGAAAAGAUUUGGACGCGAAGACGCUGAACAGGAGUACGACGACGACGAGGACGACGACGAGGUGGAGGACAACUCAGACGAGACACAAGUCCCCAACUACCAGGGUGAACAAGGUGAUAUCGCUACUCGCCUCCUGAGCCCCUCGCACUCCGCCAAGGCACCGCCUGCCAUGUCUUCCAUUUCCGCGAUGGCUAAACCAUCGGAUUCCACGUCGCGCAAUGCCUCGUUCAGCCUGACGGGCGCCCAGGACGGUGCUCAACGCACUUUCUCUACCUCUAAUCUCGGGCUGGCCCAGAUACCCGGCAGUCAACCUCAAGCUACUUCAUCCUCAAUGGAAGGUGGGGUCUCAAGAUUCAUCAUGAGCAACAAGGCCGGGGUUCAGUCAUCUUCACGAACAGACUCAGAUCCGAACACCCCAUCCUCGUUCCUCCCCCACUACCAUCCGCAAACACCCCCAUCUCCCAACCGUAGCAGUGGCAAAUCUACGGCGUCUCCGGCUCGGCCUCGAGGUGCAGAUCUACCCUCGCGAACCCAGCAGAAGCUUUGGCUUCAACGCACGGCUACUCUGAAUAACUCCCCGCCCGACUCGCAUGGCGUGUCCUCGACUGCGUCACCGUCGACUAUCGAUCCUGCCUUCAUUGCCGGCGGCCACUCACGUGCUGGCUCGAACACCUUUGAUGGAGGAAGAGGCAUGAAUGGCGGCGGUCGGGUCGGAGUGCCGGGUCACGAUACCGAAGCGCGCCAUGUUCGCAAGGCCUACGAGAAGACCUCGCUGGAAUUAAUGGUGGCACGUCGUUUCCAGUCCCCUACGGCUGACAGCUUCCACCGACUACGUGCUGUGGCCCGAGCAUCCAAAGCCCGCGCGGUUAGCGCCGAGCAAGCGUCAGCGAUGGGCAGGCCAGUUAAGUCCGCGCCAUCAUUACCUCUUCUCCAACAAGAAAGUCGCCCCAGUCGGCUGGGCUCGAGCUCCGAGUCGAAGUCGCAGUUGCCUGAUCCCCACUCCUCGGUUUCCGAAGACCCAAUUACUCACAGCGAAUCCGCCGACACUGCCCAGGCAGCUAAAUCCCCCCACCCAUCCCACCGCAUUCUAUCUACCUCCGACGAAGCCGCACAUGGCUUGACCGGCGACCAUUCUUCGGAUGACUUCCCGGCCGUGAACGAGACCGAUAUGAUGCUUCGCCGUAUGUGGGAGACUCGCGAAGUGGCCACUUCUGGCUGA